AUGAUGGAGUUGAUCGAUUGCAGUAAAAACUAUUAUAACAUCGUGCAACAUGGGGUUCACAUGAACCUUAAUGUAGCACUCAAUGGCUUUGUAACGCCACCUCGACGACCUAUGAAAGGUAGCAACAGACGAAUGUCUAUGCCUGCUGAUUCCCAUCUUAAAUAUCAAACUCCGCAGACAGCUAAGACGCCAGAAAAUCUUAGUAGAUCACUUCCAAAGCAAGGUUCCGUUGAUCGGAUCAGUCCGUCCAGGAUGUCGCCCAGUUAUUUGCAAGGUAAAGGAUUUUAUGCGGGGGCCAAGUUCGGGGAAAGGCCUCUCCCUACGGAGUUGCCCAGCCCUCCCAACCACUGGGUCAGUGGAAACAAGGAAUGGGGAUCAAAGGAACAGAGCUGCAUUGAAAUGACCAAUACUUUAAAAGUCUUACUAAAGGUCCAGUCAUAA